CGCUUGUCAUUCGCGUGCGAUUCGUCUUUAUCAGCUUUGUCUGUCGACGUAAUUUAAUUCACUCUAACAGCUUGCUCCAUAAUACCUCACCACUUGCGCUAAUUAUCAACAUUCUCCAUUCUGAGUCAGUUGUCAGUUUAAACCUGACCUUGAUCGUGAGUUGAUCGCCCGCACGGUUCGUCUACGACUUGUGACGUUUACGAAUAUAAUUAAUUAGUGUUUAUAAUGUUGAAAUACUUGUUUUUGUCUUUAGUUUAUGUUUCGGUUGUUUCCGGAGUUUGCAGGAUAUACCUGCAAAGCAAUGCAACGCAUGACAAAGCUCCACUGUUUCUACAAUCGAAAGGAUCAAUAUACACUUUGUUGGAACCCCGUGGACCUUAUUUCCAGCUUAAAAAUGGUGAACACAUUUCCGUCGGAUGUGCCAGUGCAAAAAAUAAAAUUUCGGAAAUAAAUGAAUCUCUCGGCGACGUAUCAUGCGUUGAUAAUCAACAGUUUGAAUACAAAGGUCGUAGCUUGCAGUACACUCAGCUGAACUGUACGUCGUCGAUUUCAAGCUCAAUAAAGGCUCAAAACCGCCCAUGUGCAGCAGGUCUGGGAAGGUGGUACGAUUUUGGCUUUGAGGUGCUUGGAGCUCCAUUUAUCAGAUAUUUUCAGUCGUGCUACAAUUUGGAUAAAUCGUCAGUAGUCUACAGUGAACAUGACAUUCUGGGAGCUUCGAUCGAAAAGGCUCAAAUCAACAACGAUAGACCUUCGUUCAAGGUCGGAGGCCUGAAGGUAAAGGCACGCUUGUCUACUGUAUAUACGCAAAACUCACAACGUGCCAGACUGGCAGAUUUGCUAGGCUCCGAAGAGCUUGCCAAGCAGUACAUCUCGUCGUCAUCAUUUUUCGCCAAAGGUCAUCUUACGCCGGACGGUGAUGCAGUGCUUAACAGUUGGGCAGGAGCAACGUACUUCUACAUCAAUGUAGCACCGGAGUGGCAGAUAAUAAACACCGGCAAUUGGGUUCGCAUCGAAAACGCUGCCCGUAAGGUUGCGGCCCAGUUGAACGAUACCGUGAAAGUGUUCACCGGAGUCUAUGACGUUCUGACCCUCCCCGAUGUCAAUGGUCGACCGGUUCCAAUCACUCUCGCCGAAGACGACCAGGUGGAGGCCCCGAAAUGGCUCUGGAAGAUUUUACAUCAUUCCGCUUCGAACUCGGCAAUUGCAUUCGCCACACUGAACAAUCCAUUCGCCACAAGUGGGGACCAACUGUGCAGCAACAUCUGCACCCAGUACGGGUGGGCCCAGCAGGAGUUUCAGGAUUUACGACGAGGCUACACCAUCUGUUGCACCGUACGGGAUCUUCGCAAAGCGAUUCCGUUCAUUCCGACGAAGGCAGACGCUGCCAACAUUCUUCGAUUUAAUUAAAUUGUUCUCGUCUGGUUUGGAGCGUGUUGGAAGGUGUUGUGUUUUCGGAUGCAGAACCAAAAUAUUGGUAGAUUAAAUGAAUAAACGGGUGGAUUCGUUCCCAGCAAAUAAUCUACGUAUUGGAAAAUAUACGUAGGUACAUUUGAUGAAACAGACAGUGCCAAAGAUCGCCAUACAAGAAAAAGGUGCAAACAUGCGAAAAUAAAAUUCAAUGAAUAUUCAUCCGAACAAAUACCGUGUCUGCGUUUGGCGUUUUCGUAGCCAGGUUAGUGGAGUGGUCAGUAGGUUCUUAACAGCACUUGUCGAAAAUUGGAUUAUUCCAUCGCAAAUAUUUCCACCUCUAUCGGCAUAACCCUUUCGAA